GUGGGCCGGAGAAGACAUGGCGGCGACUGCGUCGGCGGCUGCAGGGGAGGAGGACUGGGUACUUCCCUCUGAAGUCGAGGUGCUAGAGUCUAUCUAUCUGGAUGAACUACAGGUGGUUAAAGGAAACGGCAGAUCUUCACCGUGGGAGAUCUCCAUCACCCUGCACCCUGCCACUGCAGAAGACCAGGAUUCACAGUAUGUGUGCUUCACUCUGGUGCUUCGGGUCCCAGCACAGUACCCCAAUGAGGUGCCACAGAUCUCUAUCCGUAACCCGCGAGGACUCUCAGAUGAACAGAUCCACAAGAUUUCACAGGCACUGAGCCACGUGGCCAACGCUGGGCUGGGUACUGCCAUGCUCUAUGAACUCAUCGAGAAAGGGAAGGAAAUCCUCACAGACAACAACAUCCCCCAUGGCCAGUGCGUCAUCUGCCUCUAUGGUUUCCAGGAGAAGGAGGCCUUUACCAAAACACCGUGUUACCACUACUUCCACUGCCACUGCCUCGCUCGGUACAUAGAGCACAUGGAGCGUGAGCUGCAGGCUCGAGGCCAGGAGCAGGAGCGGCCGCACGCCGCAACCAAGCAGAAGGCAGUCGGUGUGCAGUGUCCGGUGUGCAGAGAGCCCCUCGUGUAUGAUCUUGCCUCACUGAAAGCAGCGCCCGAGCCCCAACAGCCCAUGGAGCUCUACCAGCCCAACGCAGAGAGCUUGCGCCAACAAGAAGAGCGCAAGCGGCUCUACCAGAGGCAGCAGGAGCGGGGGGGCAUCAUUGACCUCGAGGCUGAGCGGAACCGGUACUUCAUCAGCCUCCAGCAGCCUCCUGCCCCUGUGGAGCCUGAGUCGGCGAUAGAGGCCUCCAGAGGAUCCCAGCCACCCAGUGCCCUUGCCACAGAACUGUCCACCUCAUCAGCUGCCCAACCCAACCUGUCAGCUCCUCUGCCCGUGGCCUCCCAGUACGUGUGUGAGAAGAUUGCAGGGGCUGGGCCAAAUCAGCAAAGGUUGGGCGAGACCCAGAAAGCUAUGCUAGACCCCCCCCGGGCCAGUCAAGGCCCCUGGAAACAGCCUGAACGGAGGCACCUAAAGGGAGGGGAGUGCCAUGCCCACAGAGGUUCCAGUGACACCCAGGAACUGCCACCUCCUGAGGGGCCCCUCAAGGAGCCCAUGGACCUAAAGCCAGAACCCUGUAGCCAAGGGGUUGAAGGUCCUCCCCAAGAGAAGGGCCCUGGCAACUGGCAGGGUCCCCCACCCCGCAGGACUCGGGACUGUGCUCGCUGGGAGCGCUCCAAGGGUCGGACACCAGGUUCCUCCUACCCCCGCCUGCCUCGGGGUCGGGGAGCCUAUCGUCCUGGUACUCGAAGGGAGCCCCUGAGCCUGGAGUCUGAGGAUGGUUCCUAGCAGUACUGUGGGGGGCAGGGACUUGGGGGGGCAGGGGGGCAAUAAAGAGAUUUGGCCUUGUUUGGCUUUCUUUGCUUAGUAGUGCCUAGCCUUACAGUAUGGCUCUUUCUGAGUUUCUAGCAAGACUGAUUAUAUGGCAGAACAGCCCCAGCUUUGCUCUAAAGUCCCAUUUUCCCAAGAGACCAGGGUCCGAAUAAAGACAGGU